GGCGAUAAUUCAUGAUCGGAAGCUGAAGUUUACCAUAAUUUUGAUGUUUUGAGUCACUGUUUAUAAGUUUGGAUAAUAUGUGACCACAAGAAGAAAUCUGGAUGUUUGGAUUUUGCAACAUGGGUGCAAACACUUCUCAGCUUGAGAGGGAAAUCGGGUCAGAGCAGUUUCCAGCCAAUGAACACUACUUCGGACUUGUUAAUUUUGGAAACACAUGCUAUUGCAACUCUGUCCUGCAAGCGCUGUACUUCUGCCGUCCCUUUCGCGAGAAGGUACUGCAAUACAAACAACAGCAGAAAAGCCAGAAGAGAGAAACGCUGCUAACAUGCCUGGCUGACCUCUUCUACAGUAUCGCCACACAGAAGAAAAAAGUGGGAACUUUAGCACCGAAAAAGUUCAUCACACGAUUGAGAAAAGAAAAUGAAUUGUUCGACAACUACAUGCAGCAAGAUGCUCAUGAAUUUCUGAAUUAUUUGCUUAAUACAGUUGCUGAUUUAUUACAAGCAGAGAAGCCAGGAAACAAGCCAAAGGUUGUGGGAGAGAGCCAAAGUAAACCUGACCCUACUUGGGUGCACGAAAUCUUCCAGGGGACCCUGACCAAUGAAACGAGAUGUCUGAACUGUGAAACUGUGAGCAGUAAGGAUGAAGACUUCCUGGACCUGUCAGUAGAUGUAGAACAGAACACGUCCAUCAGCCACUGUCUGAGAGGCUUCAGUAACACAGAGACGCUGUGUGCUGAGUACAAGUACUACUGUGAGGUCUGCUGUAGUAAACAGGAGGCACAGAAAAGAAUGCGAGUGAAGAAACUACCUCAGAUCUUGGCCUUACACUUAAAGAGAUUUAAGUACAUGGAACAAGUGAACAGAUACACAAAACUGUCGUAUAGGGUUGUCUUUCCUUUGGAACUCAGACUCUUCAACACUUCUGAUGAUGCGUACAACCCUGACCGGCUGUAUGAUCUAGUAGCGGUGGUUGUACAUUGUGGCAGUGGCCCUAACAGGGGUCAUUACAUAAGCAUAGUGAAGAGCCAUGGCUUUUGGCUUGUCUUUGACGAUGAUAUUGUGGAUAAGAUUGAUGCUAGUGCUAUUGAAGAUUUCUAUGGGUUACCGUCUGAGCUGCACAAAAACUCGGAGUCGGGCUACAUACUCUUCUACCAGUCGCGAGAGUGACUCUAAAUUCCACCCACUUCUUUCUUGUUGAUCUGUUCUUGGGAAUGUCCCAAAGGCUGUGACAGCUGAGUGAUAUCUGUUACUCUAUUCCUGGUGUUUGGGAUCAGGCAAAGGCUUGGGAUCAUGUGGGAUCCUGUGACAUGUCACACGUAUGAUUGGGAUCAGGUAAAUGUUUAGGGUCAUUGGAUUCCUACUGUUCUGCACUUGCAUGAUUGGGAUCACCUAAACACGUAUUGGAUCACUGGAGUUCUAUUACCUGGUGCAUGUAUGAUAGGAUCAGCUAAACACAUUAGGAUCACUGGAUUCUAAUUGGUGGUACAAGAAUGUUUGGGAUCAGCUAAACACAUAGGAUCACUGGAUCCUAAUCUCUUGUAUAUGUAUGUUUGGGGUCUGAUAUACACAUAGGACCAUUGGAUCCUAAAAUGUGGUGUAUGUAUGUUUGGGAUCCGUUAAACUUAUAAGAGAUCCCAAUGUUAGUGUUAUUAUUAGGAUCUGUUAAGCAUCUCUCUGGAUUAAAGGUUGCACAGUUGUCAUUAUUAGUAUGAUUACAACUGUUAAAUCGCUCUUGAUCUUUUUCUGUGACCUAUGUCUAUUAGCUUACUUUACCAGAUUACAGCUGUGGUUGCAGGAGUUGAACACAUUCUGAGUUCAUGGGGUUGACUCCGGACAUUACUGUGAUGUAUGAGUGGCACAGUUGGACUAAACACAUGGCUAAACAGGUGACAUGCUUAAAUUCAGUCAAACCAGUCUCGAGGAUUGGCAUUGAACCACAUUUGUAGCAUGGUCCCAAAAUGUUUGUACUACCUAUUCGUGAAAGUAUAUGAAUGGUGUGAAAUGCUUGUCCGUGAAGUAUUCAGUAAGACUGCCCUGUCAUUUUACCUGUAAAGGUGAUCAUGAACAGAGGUCACAGUAUGGAAAUAUUCAUUUGUGCUUUCUGAAAUAGAAAAUGCUUGUCAUUUUAAUUCUAGGCUUUUUAAUUAUGUUUUAAGAAUUUAAGAAUUGUUCAGUUUAUCAUUGAAAGAGAUUGUCAUAACUGAGA